AUUGCUUAGUGUUCUGCUAUGUCGACAUACUUAACGUUUUUUUUUAUAAACGGUCUACGCCUAUUGUAAUGAUUUAAUUAAACGUAAUAACUAUUGUUGUAGUAAUUAUAUUCAUUAUGACAAUAUUUUUGUGUUCUUAAAUAAAUAUCGAAAUUUUUGUUCCUUAAAUAUAAGUGUUACAUAACGUUGAAUAUCUUCAGUACAGUGCAAAAAGAUCAACAGUUUUUUCGCUUGAAUUUAAAAAAUUAAAAUGACUUGUAUUAGCCAAGAUGGAAAUUACUCAAUGGGAGAUCACACGCUGUCAGUGCCCAGACAUCUUUACAAGCUCAAUCAGGAACGCUUGUGUAAAAGUUUAAAUAAAAUUCCUGAACUUACCGACUCGGAUGUAUACGUGUUAUUACAAGGCGGAACACCGUUGAGUCAUUAUUCUACCGAUAUAGAAUAUGAUUUUAGACAGGAACCUUAUUUUCUAUGGACAUUUGGAGUUUGCGAACCCGGCUGUUACGGUCUGUUGCAAGUGUCGACCGGGAAUGUGCAUUUGUUCUUUCCCAAAAUCCCGGAAGAGCAUUACGUUUGGAUGGGAGUGCCAUUGGACAUUGAAGAAUACAAAAAACGCUAUCAAGUCAAGAACAUCUCUUACGUGGAAACGCUGCUAGAAACCUUGGAAUUAUUAAAACCCUCCGUGAUAUUGACUUUGAAAGGACAAAAUUCCGACAGUGGAUUAACAUGUCAAGAAGUCCAUUUUGAUGGUAUAGAUAGGUUUACAGUAAACAACAAAAUACUAUACAAAACAAUAUCAGAAUGCCGCGUCAUUAAAACAGAAUACGAAAAAGAAGUUAUGAGAUAUGCAACCAAAGUAACGUGUAACGCUCACAAAUCAGUCAUGGCCAAAUGCAAACCAGGCUUGUUCGAAUACCAAUGCGAAGCCAAUUUCUUACACUAUGUUUAUUUUGUUGGCGGAUGCAGACAUGUGGGAUACAACAAUAUAUGCUGUUCUGGGUUAAAUGGGGCCGUCUUGCACUACGGACAUGCCACUGAACCAAAUUCUAAACUGAUACUCGACGGCGAUAUGUGUCUUUUUGAUAUGGGGGCUACGUACUGCGGGUACACUGCCGAUGUUACAGUGUCCUUUCCCGCUAACGGAAAGUUUACUGAAGACCAACGCGCUAUCUAUAACGCCGUACUUGCUUCUAAUCUGGCUGUUAUGAAAGCAAUAAAACCGGGUGUAUGCUGGGUGGAGAUGCAUACAUUGGCCAAUAAAGUGUUGUUGAAAGGACUACGCGACAUAAAAAUACUCCAAGGGGACGUUGAUGAAAUGUAUGAAGCGGGCCUCGGAGCUGUGUUUCAACCUCACGGUCUCGGUCAUUUACUAGGUCUUGAUGUUCAUGAUGUGGGCGGAUAUUUAGACGGUUGUCCAGAAAGGCCAACAAUGCCUGGUCUCAAAGCUUUAAGAAUGGCUAGAAAGUUGGAGGCCGGCAUGGCAAUUACUAUCGAACCGGGAUGUUAUUUCAUCAAACCGGUGUUGGAUCGUGCACUUAAAAAUGAUGAUCUAGCAAAAUUUUUCAACACGGAAGUACUUGAACGAUUUCGACAAUUUGGUGGCGUGCGUAUUGAGGACAAUGUUUUCGUUACUGAAGACGGAGUUGAAAACUACACGCCUGUGCCAAGAACCGUUGAAGAAAUUGAAGAGUGGAUGAGUAAAAAAGAAGCAACGGUAUAAUCACAGAUUCCUAUUAAAUACGUUUUCUAUUGAUAUUAUACCAUUAAUUAUUCAUUAUUUAUAUUGUGAAAUUGUUGUAUUACAUUAUUGUUAAAAACAUGAAUUAUUUACCAUUACAUAUUAAAUACAUAUUGAAUAAUUAUACUUAAAUCAUAAUAUUUUGUUAACAAAUUAUUAAAAAAAAAAACUAGCCUUAAAACUACAUUUUAAACUCAUUCUUGUAUUCAAUCUUAACAGUGAAGUUUUUAAUAA